AAACUUUACAAAUUCAAUCUUCAUUUUUGAUCCAAAUUCCAAAUUUUUUUGUUGGGAAAUUUUGUGUUAUUUGUCACAUAUACUUUCUUUCUUUCUUUGUGAUCAAAAAUCAUCAAAAAAAAAAAAAAUUAUGGGUUGGAUUUUAUGGAAAAAGAAGGUUGAAAUUUUAGGAAAAUUUGAGAUAAUUGAUUAUUAUCCAAGUUUUGUAGAACCAUUUUAUGUGAUUUCAAUAACUCUUCUUAGCCUUCUUUUACCAUUAUCAUUUUUGCUAAUAGCAAGAUUAUCAAGUGCACAAUAUAUCUUGUCAUUAGCUUCAAUAUCUCCUCCUAAACACUUAAUUUUCUCUGUUUUUCUAUACACUAAUCCAAAUCUCCUACAUGCUCUUGUGUAUGUAAUUAGUUUAGCAGCUUUAAUCCAUGCUUUAACGGGCCGAAUUAGCCUAAUAAGUGAGCUACCGGGGCCUAUUUUUAGGCCACGUGUACACGCCGCGUGGAUCUUUCUAUGCACCUUACAAGUGUGUGUUGGAUUAGGUAUUGAGGCCACUAUUAAGGCAGGGGUUGAUGGGGCCGGAUUUGGUGAUGGGCGGUCUAUGUUAAGUAAGUUGGUUUUUUUUUUGGGACUACAUGAAACUAUGAUACAUUGGUCUAGGACCAUUGUACGACCCGUGGUGGACGACACAAUCUUUGGUGGGGCCCGCGAGGAGCGAUUGCUCGAGAGGUGGGCCCUCGCGGCGUGUUAUGGAGCGUUGUCGUGGUGGAGGUUGAGGGAUGAGGUGGACUCAUUGGUUGUUUUGGUGGAGGUUAAGAGAGAAAUGAUGAUGAAAGUUGGGUUGGGUGAUUUUCUUGGGUUGUGGUUGUAUUAUUUGAUUGUUGCUAUUGGAAUGGCUAGGAUUAUCAAGGCAAUUAUGUGGUUAUGUAUUAAUGUUUUUAGUAGGAGAAUAACAAAUGAUCAAGAUUAUGAUAUGGAGCUCAUCAAAGAAGAUGAAGAUAAAGUUUAAUCUUAGUAAUUUGUAUUGUGUUUCAAACUAUUUUUAUUUUUCUUUUUAUUAUUCCUUUGGAUUUUAUUCAUAGCUAUUUUCCUUUUCUCAAAAGUUUUUUCUUAUCUUGUAUCACAUACACCUUUUUGAGAAGUUGUAAAUGUAAUUACAUGAAGUAAUACAAAUGUAGGACCUGUUCUCUUUUAGCUUA